UGCAAUAUAAGCAACAUGCUGCUCGUACUUUUCGCCGUGGUGCUUCUUCUACCGGCAUUUCAAGUUGAAGGCGAGCGUCAUCGUAGGUCUCCUGAUCCCUGCUACAGAGAUUUUUUGGGGGGCUCAGAAAUUUGGUGCAAAUUAAAUGGAUAUGGCGGUUUUAAAAGCUAUGAUUCUUCCGGGUGUAAUGUGACAUGCAAUGCUGGUCCCCUGACGUUGCCAGAGACGGUUUGCAUCGUCGGUAGCCCGCCCUGCAAAAAAGACAAUGACGAUGCCGUCGGUAAAUGGAAGGAGGACUUGGAGAAGAAGAAAGCAGACCUACUCAGAGAAUGGUGCUAUUGUCCUAAAUGUUAUUAG